AUGUCGGAGCGGAAGGUGCUGCAAAAGUACUACCCACCAGACUUUGAUCCGUCCAUCGUCAAGCGUCGUAAAACCGGUGGUGGUCGGCAAAAGACCGUGCGUCUCAUGGCACCAUUCAGCAUGCGUUGCAAUACAUGUGGCGAGUACAUUUAUCGUGGAAAGAAAUUCAACGCACGCAAGGAGACGGUGAAUGACGAUGACUACUAUGGCAUUACCAUUUACCGCUUCUAUAUCAAGUGCUCACAAUGCAGUUCGGAAAUUACAUUCAAGACAGAUCCAAAAAACUCAGACUAUGCAGCAGAGCAUGGAGCCUCGCGGAAUUUCGAGCCUUGGCGCGAGCACGACAAGGAGAAAGAGCCAGAGUCGGGUUCAGAGCACGAGCAGGAUGGCGACGAGCCUGAUGUCGACCCAAUGAAGGCUCUUGAGCAGCGUAUGGCCGAGUCACAACGCGAAAUGGAAGUGAUGGAUGCACUUCAAGACAUUCGGACGCGGAAUGCACGCUUCGAGCGCAUGGACACCAGCACGGUCCUUGGAGCGAUUGAUGAAAACAAACGCAAAGUCGCGUCGACAGCCGAACGCAGUACCAAUAGCAGACGCGAGGCAGAUGAACAAGAAGAGGAAGAAAAAGAAGAAGAAGCACUUGUGCGCAAGUAUUUCCGCCACGAACAACCCAAUGAUGUAUCGUCCAUCACGGCGACGGCAGCAUCAGACACAAACAUACCAAACACGUCUCACUUGCUUAGUGAACGCACACGAGAGCAGCUGCGCUCGUUGGCCGUUCCGACUCAGAACAAGCCUGCACCAAAGCGGAAGCGUGGUCCGAAUGCAUUGGGCAUCGUAAGAAAAGCGUAA